ACUUUUGGGGGAGGAAGAGGAAAAGAAGAUGGAAGGGAACAGAGACGAAGCCGAGAAAUGUUUAAACAUAGCGACGAGAGCCCUGGAGAGCGGAGACAAGGAGAAGGCGCUGAAAUUCCUCCACAAGGCGGAGAAGCUGUUCCCGACUGACCGAGGCAGAGCUCUGCUGGAUGCACUAACAAACAACGGGAGCUCAGCGGGAAACGGCGCGUAUCGCAGGAGACCGGCAGACCGCUCGGACCCCGCUCAUGGCGCCCAGCCUCACAGCCAGAGGCCAGACUCUGGAGGAGGAGACUCCUCGAAAAGUUUUACAUCGGAGCAGGUCGAAGGUGUGCAAAGAAUAAAGCGGUGUAAAGACUACUAUGAAGUGCUCGGCGUCAACAAAGAAGCCAGCGAGGAAGAGCUGAAGAAGGCCUACAGGAAACUCGCACUCAAGUUCCACCCAGACAAAAACCAAGCGCCUGGAGCGACGGAGGCCUUCAAAAAGAUUGGCAAUGCGUAUGCGGUGCUGAGCAGCGCAGAGAAAAGGCGUCAGUAUGACCUGACAGGCGGAGAAGAGCCCAGCAGCCCGAGUCAGUCACACGGAGGAGGCUUUGACUUCCACCGGGGUUUCGAGGCGGACAUCACUCCGGAGGACCUGUUCAACAUGUUCUUCGGGGGCGGCUUCCCCUCCUCAAGCGCACACACGUACACCAACGGCAGGACGAGCUACAGCCAUCAGACGGAUUACCGACAAGAGAGGACAGAAGAAAGAGGAGAGGGCGGAUUUUCCAUGUUUAUUCAGCUGAUGCCUGUGGUGGUCCUGAUUCUCGUGUCAAUACUGAGCCAGAUGAUGGUGUCCCCUCCACCGUACAGCCUCUACUCAAGACCGUCCACGGGUCAGACCAUAAAAAGGCAGACGGAAAAUCUACGUGUCGACUACUACGUAACCCGAGAUUUCAAAUCUGAGUUCAAGGGCUCGGCGUUGCAGCAAAUUGAGAAAAAUGUAGAGGAGGACUAUGUAUCUAAUGUCAGAAAUAACUGUUGGAAAGAGAGACAGACAAAAACAGACCUGCUCUAUGCUGCUAAGGUGUACAGGGACGAACGAAUGAAGAAGAAAGCAGAGCUCAUGACCAUGGACAACUGCAGGGAGCUGGACAGACUAAAUGACCUCUUCAGGGGCGGAUGAGGUGGCUGCUGUUACAUCAUGUAAAUCUUUCUGGAUAGAUGUGUAUGUUUUUUUGUUUUUUUGUUUGUUUUUUUUUUAAAGUCUUUACACUAGGAGCAAAAACAUACUGAAUAUGUUAGCUUUAUUGUUGAAGAUUUAAAAUGUCCCUCUCCUCAAAGUCGCCAAGUUCCUCCUCACUCCAGCUUGACCCAAGGAAUUGCCUCAUUGCUUCACAAUGGACCUUUCUUCACGAGCCGUAGAAAGACCCCCUUUUUUGUUUUUUUGCAUUUUUUGUGGUUUCCUGGGAAAUAAGGAUAAGGACACUCGAUUGUAAAGGCAUGUUGUAUCAAGUUCUGAGAAGCUGAGAGACAUUCCACGCAAGCAAAUUACAUUCACAAGACAAACAGCUUUUGUCACACAUGGCAGAGGGAGACCAACACAUUCACAUCAAACUGACGAAGGAAACAAAAUGAAGCUUGUCUUAGCUCUCUAAAAACCUCCAGGUGCGGAUGAAGAUCAAAGGUUUAGUUUGUGAAGAAUUUUGCGUGACUUUGUCACUUGGGAACAUUUUUAUAUUGUCUGCUGCAAACGGUGAAGUUUGUGUGGACUGUACAUGGAAGGACAGUUGAACUGUUAAUCAUCAAUGGCUGUACAUUUUCAUUUUGAAUGUUAAAAUUUGAUGCAAAUAUUUAAGUAACUAUAGAAGAAAUGGUUUUCUUCAGUGCUUGCAUAAUCAUUAAAAUAAAAUUAACACUG